UGGAGAGGAGUGAGGGAGCGGAAAGAGCAGUGUUAAGAGAGGAUUUAGUGAACCGAGGAGAGACAGACGUGGGGAGAGAGGUACCAUGGCUGCUCUCUCUGCCUUGCUGAAGACCUGGGUGCUACUGCAGACCCUGUGCCUGGCUCUGGCCCAAGUGAGGGGUCCACCUGGACCUCAGGGCCAGCCCGGCCUACCAGGCCCCUCUGGCACUCCUGGGUCAGACGGCAUCGAUGGAGAGACAGGACCUCCUGGGCCCCCUGGACCACCAGGGUUAAAGGGAGAGCCAGGAGAACCGGGUCCUGAUGGAGUUCCAGGAGAGAAUGGCAUCGAUGGUUUGAUCGGAGCGAAGGGUGACCGAGGUCCUGUUGGGAGCCCUGGCCCAAAGGGUCAACAUGGACCCAGCGGUGAGCCCGGCCCUCCUGGAGCAGGCCUUCCAGGACUCGCUGGAGCUCUUGGGGCAAUUGGUCUUCCAGGUGAAAUUGGGGUAAACGGGAUAAAGGGUGUCAUGGGACCACCUGGACCUCCAGGACUUCCUGGACCUCCCGGCAAACCUGGUCCUCCAGGGAAGUUCAUCGGUGGAGAGGAGGGGAGUGCAGACUUCCAGUGUCCUCUUAACUGUCCAGCAGGACCAAAAGGCCCUCAGGGAAUACAGGGUGUCAAGGGACACAAAGGACGUGCUGGUGUUCUCGGAGAGCCUGGCAGCAUCGGAAAAACGGGCCUCAGGGGAGAAAUGGGCAUCUCUGGGGAACAAGGCAUCCCAGGACCUGCGGGUCCAAUUGGUCUGAGGGGUUAUCCAGGAAUGAUGGGUCCUAAAGGAGAGACGGGGCCUCGCGGUUACAAGGGCAUCAACGGACAUGUUGGAAUUGCCGGGCCUCCUGGCGAGGAGGGACCUCAGGGACCACCCGGAGAGGCGGGAGACAAGGGAGACAAAGGCAGCCGAGGUAUCCAGGGCCCACAGGGUGCGGUCGGCAAGAAGGGAGAGAAUGGUCUGCCGGGUAUUGAUGGAAAAGAUGGCACACCUGGUAUUCCUGGAAUCAAGGGCGGCUCCGGUCAGGCUGGGAUGCCAGGUCCUCCUGGUCCUCAUGGAGUAGCGGGAUUGCCUGGCAGUCCCGGGUCUAAAGGUGGAGUUGGAGCUACGGGCGGGCCUGGACCUCGAGGACAUGUAGGCAUGUCUGGUGCGCCUGGACCUCUGGGUGAGCCUGGUCUCCCUGGUGUUGCUGGUAUGGAAGGAGUACCUGGGCCUAAGGGCGACAGAGGCCAGCGGGGAGCGGUCGGUCCACAGGGAGUUGUCGGCAAACCUGGGAGCAAAGGAGAGCGAGGACCCAUGGGAGUACCUGGUGCGCAGGGCCUUAGUGGAACCAAGGGAGACAAGGGCUUUCAAGGAAAAGGCGGCUCAAAGGGAGACGUGGGUGACCCCGGCGUUGAGGGACUGGCUGGCGAGAAAGGUGAAAAGGGUAUGUCUGGUGAACCUGGACCCAAAGGACAGCAAGGAAUCAGGGGGGAUCCUGGGCACAACGGACCCACUGGAGACUCUGGUAAACCAGGAGAUCUGGGACCAUCAGGGCUUCCUGGUCCAAGGGGACUCAACGGCGAGCGAGGAGUACCUGGCAUGCCUGGUAUUCAGGGAUCAAUUGGGCGCGAUGCAUCCGACCAGCAUAUAAUCGAAGUGGUGUUGAAGAUGUUGCAGGAGAGGCUAGCCGCAGUUGCGGUGAGCGCCAAGAGGGCUGUGCUGGGCGGAGCGGGUGUGAUGGGACCUCCUGGGCCCCCUGGACCUCCAGGUUCAUCCGGACCUCAGGGGCCACAUGGCCUGCCUGGUGCCCGGGGCAUCCCUGGCAUGAUUGGAGGGCCUGGACAGGUUGGAAACACAGGGCUCAAAGGAAAGAGAGGAGCAAAGGGAGAGAGAGGAGAUCUAGGUAAACCUCACCCAGGAGCACCGGGACCCCCUGGAAUACAAGGUCCUCCUGGCGUGGAUGGCAUGGCACGCAAUGGCAGGCACGGUGAGAGAGGACCUCAGGGUUCAGCCGGAGAGGCCGGUUACCCCGGUAAGGCGGGCGCGCAGGGUCUGCCGGGCCUCUGCGAGGCAGCCAUGUGUCUGGCGGCGUCAGCGUACACCUCCCCGAGGCUACAGGAGGCGGGAGUGAUCAAAGGCCCCGGUGUUUAA